UAAGCGAUAACCAACCACGAGAGGUCAAGGUGGUAAAGGUCCGGGUGGUAAGAGGGCAUUCUAUAAAAGCUCUCGUCGAUACUACUCACUAGUCAGUCACUUCACAACUUUUACAAUGGCCAAAAUCUUCGUUUUCAUCGUCGCUAUCGUCGCCCUCCAGGGCGCUUGGGCCAAACCCAAAGCCAAACAACAAGAAAAAUCAACUUUGGAAGAACUAACUGCCCAAACGCAAGUUUUGGUCAAUAAUGUCACACAAACUCUUGGCAUCAAAGAGCUCCCUGACUCGAAAAAGAUUGUUGAAGUUUUAAACACAAAUACCCAGAAUUUGGCCAAUCAUGUGCAAGAAAUCGUCGAUAAACUCAAAAGUGAAGUUAAAGCACACCAACCUGAAGUUGAUAAUGUUAUCAAGCAAGUUGAACAGAAAUUGAGCGAAACUGCGGCCACUUUGCAACAAGCAGCAGGACCUGAAGCCACUGCCAAAGCCAAAGAACUUAAAAAGAAUUUGGAUGAUGGACUUAAGACUGCUGUUGCUCAAGUUGAGAAAUUGGUCAAGGCUGUCGAACCUGAUGCGACCAAAGCCAAAACUGAUAUCCAAAACGCCGCUCAAACCCUCUUGAACCAAAUUGCUGAAGUCAGCAACAAUUUACAAGCUCAAGUCAAACAAACCAUCGCUGAACACGAAAAACAACACAAAAACUAAAUAACUGAAAUGUAUUGAUCGGCUUUUCUUGCCAAAAAUUAUUUAGGGGCUAUGAUAUUUUAAUAAUGAAACGAAAAUAAAGUCUCGAGAUAUUAUA